AUGAAGUCGCCGUCGCUUGGUGAGAAGGUUGCAUUCUUUGAUCAGCUUGAAGCUCUCGACUAUGUGAGCGAUGGGAACGAUGAGAUGGAUGAAAAAGAACGAGACCACCGGGAUAAGUGCCGCGCCUUCUUCGGCUCGCGAAAGAAGGCUGGAGCAGCAGCGAAGCGAAUGCCUCCGACAUAUCGACGUCGGACGGCCUCAAUGCCUACUCCAGCUGCAACAACGCCGGCCGGUCGGAUUAUUGAAGCUACCCCGGCCGCUCGAAGACCUGGUAUCAGAAAUGCCCCCGCGGUCGAGCCGCUUCCCGCAGAGACAACAUCGGUGGUUAAAGAGACACCGGUCCCAGACACUGCUCGUCCUCCACUGCCUGCAACUCUUAGGAGGAGUACAACUCUUCCGACGCCUUCUUCACCGGCAGUUGACCAAUCCCCUUCGGCAAGUACAGCGCUGCGGAAGCGGAAACGACAGCCAUCAACGAAGUCGGUGCCCGAAGCGGCCCAGAUCUUCCAGGGUCUCACUUUCUUCUACGUCCCAAACAACGACAUUGCCCCUGCACGGAAGUUACGCAUCGGAAAGGCACAGGAGCAUGGGGCUCAAUGGGUCCGCAACUUGGCCAACGCGAGUCACGUUGUUGUGGACAAGCACUUGGAAUACAAGGACAUUGAAGGUUUACUUGGCUCUGACGCUCGGGGUUCCCUGGUCAUUGUCAACGAGGAGUAUCCCAUUGAUUGCAUCUCUUUCCGCACGCUUCUCAAUCCAGACCAGAGCCGCUACAGGGUCACGGGCUUCCCUGGGGUGAAGCACAAGAUCGAUUCUGACCAGGCCGUGCCCGAAACUUCUCAGAGUCCUCAUCAUUCAUUGCAGGUCAAAGCACCUCGAGAAUCAAUCAGGCAAAGCUCUAGGCACUCCUCGUCAGAUAUUGAACAACCGUCUCUUCCCGGACGCGCUCGAGAUACGCAGCCAGAUAUGGCGCACAAAAGUUCCUCUGCCAUCGCUGGUAGCACAUCCGAGGCUCACAUCCCCCAGGCCAGUCUCUCACAUCAUCAGAGCUGCAACCCCACGCGCAAGGCUCCUUCUCCGCCUCCCCCAGGGACAACCAGUACCAAGGACGAGCUGUCGGAGUGUAUCGAACUCCUUCAGCAGUACAAAGAUCUUCCCUUAGACGCCGAGGAGGACGAUCUUCAGUCGGUCAAGGAUGCUGAGGAGGCAUCAGACUCCGAAAUCGAGGUGAGGUCAGCGGACGAACGAGCCCACAAAAGGACGGCCAGAGCCAGCCGUACCGCAACAAAGGAGAUACCCUUCGAGGAGCGCUUCGCCUGCAAUCGCGGGGGGACCAAAGACAGGUCCGCCGACGCCCGAAACCCCAACGCCCAUACCAUCGAGAUCCUCCAAAAGAUGUGCGACUACUACGCACGCGUCAACGACACCUGGCGGACUCUGGCCUACCGCAAAGCCAUCGCCACACUCCGGCGGCAACCCACGCGCAUCACGACGGAAGAUGAGGCCUUUCGUCUUCCAAACAUUGGCCGGCGCCUCGCCGCCAAGAUUGAAGAGAUCGCCUGUACCAACAGGCUGCGCCGACUCGAGUACGCCAACGACGAGCCCCUCGACCGCAUUCUCGAGCUCUUCCUCAACGUAUACGACGUCGGCCUCAGCCGCGCAAACAAGUGGAUCGCCCAGGGCUACCGGACACUCGACGACCUCCGCCUCAAGGCCGACCUGACCCCGAACCAGCGCAUCGGCGUCGACCACUACGACGACCUCAAUUCGCGGAUCCCCCGCGCCGAGGUCGCCGCCCUCUUCGCCUACGUCCGCCGCGAGGCAGCCCUGCUCGACCCGCGCGUCGAGCUGCUCGUCGGCGGCAGCUACCGGCGCGGCGCCGAGAGCUCGGGCGACGUCGACAUCAUCGUCACCCGCAAGGGGACCAGCUCGUCGGCCGAGCUGGUGCCGUUCCUGGAGGAGCUGAUCGCGGUGCUGACGCGCAAGGGGUUCCUGGUCGCGACGCUCGCCGCGCUGCAUGCGCAGCGCCCGGGAAAGGACGGGCCGGGGAGCAAAUGGCACGGUUGUUGCGUGUGGCGCCGGAUCGAUUUCCUGCUGGUUCCCGAGUCCGAAUACGGCGCGGCGCUCAUCUACUUCACCGGGAACGACAUCUUCAACCGUAGCAUGCGGUUGCUUGCGUCCAAGAAGGGCAUGAGGCUGAACCAGAGGGGGUUGUACAAGGAGGUGAUGCGCGGCAAGAACAGGGGGAAGGUAACCGAGGGCGAGUUGCUGGAGGGAAGGGACGAGAAGCGCAUCUUUGAGUUGCUGGGAGUGAAGUGGAGAGAGCCUUGGGAGCGGUGGUGCUGA